GAUUCUAUCUAGUUAAUGUGCUUCGAGUCCCGGACCAUUUCACUUUUGGAGGGAAUUAAAGAGAGUGUGGGUGUGCGAAAGAGGCGGUGUUGAGACGGGGAAGCGACAUGCCGCCCAAGCCCGACAGCGCUGAAGGCAUUGUUCUCAGUUUCGUCGAUGAGCAAAAUAGGCCAUUGAACUCUCAGAAUGUUGCUGACGCUCUGCAGAAAUACAAUCUUAAGAAAACUGCAGUCCAGAAGGCACUGGACACGCUAUCAGAUAAUGGACAAAUUUCAUUUAAAGAGUAUGGCAAACAGAAGAUCUACCUUGCUCGUCAGGAUAAAUUCAAGAUACCAAACAAGGAAGAGCUUGAUCAAAUGAAGGAGGACAUUAGGAACUUGCAGGAUGCACUUGGAAUUCAAAAGAAAGCUAUAACAGAAGUCGAGGCUGAAAUUAAAGCUCUCCAGUCUAAUUUGACAUUGGAAGAAAUACGAACAAAGGAGGCUGAGCUGCUAAGUGAGGUUGAUGAAAUGGGAAGCAAGCUAAGUAAGCUGCUUAGUGGCGUUGUUCUGGUAAAACCAGAAGACAAAAAGUUGAUUGAGGGCACCUAUAUUGAAAAGAUCAAUCAUUGGAAAAGACGUAAGAGGAUGUUUAAAGAGUUGUGGGACGCUAUUACUGAGAACUCGCCAAAGGAUUUAAAAGAAUUUAAGGAGGAACUUGGGCUAGAGUAUGAUGAAGAUAUUGGAGUGAGUUUUCAAAUGUACGGCGAGUUGGAUAAUCAUAGUAAGAAAAGGAAAAUAGCACGUUGAAACUACCUCAAUGUCUUGUUUGACAAUGCUAUGUUAUUCAUACGAAAGCAUGAAUAGAUUCGCAGGUUUGGCACUUUAAAAUCCUAAUCCAAAAAAAUAUAUGGAGCAAAAUUAUAUAUUUUUGUUUGUUGGUCUUCUAUGUUUGCGGAUCUUCAUAGCACCUUAAACUGCACAAAACUUUCUUGCAUGUAUGCAUCCUAUAUUGAUAACUGAUAUUGAUUGUC